AUGUACGGGGAGCGGCCCUGCAGCCCCCUGGGUGGGGAGCGCCGGGCGUCCAGCCUCCAGAUGUUCGCCGGGACGUCCUCCCUGCACGGGGUGAGCCACAUCUGCGCGGCCGGCUCGCUGUCCCUGCGCCGGGCGGUGUGGGCGCUGUUCUUCGUGGGCUCGCUGGCCCUGCUGGGGCUGGUGUGCGCGGAGCGCGUGGGCUACUUCCUCACCUUCCCGCGGGUGACGGCCGUGGACGAGGUGGCGGCGCCCAACCUCACCUUCCCGGCCGUCACGCUCUGCAACCUCAACGCCUUCCGCCUCUCCCAAAUCACGCGCAACGACCUCUACCACGCGGGGCAGCUGCUGGCCCUGCUGGACGGCCGCGCCGAGGUCCGCGGAGCCCCCUGGGCCGACCCGGAGACCCUGGCCGCCCUGCGGGACAAGGCCGACUUCAGGGGCUUCAAGGCGCGGCCCUUCGACAUGGCCGAGUUCUACAACCGGACGGGCCACGACCUCCGCGAGAUGAUCUGGCACUGCCGCUUUCGGGGGGUCGCCUGCAGCGCCCGCAACUUCACCCUGACCUUCACCCGUUUGGGAAAAUGCUACACGUUCAACUCUGGUGCCACCAGCUACCAGCUACUCACCACGGUGAAAGGAGGGACGGGAAACGGCCUGGAACUCAUGCUGAACAUCCAACAGGAUGAGUACCUGCCCGUCUGGGGGGACACAGACGAGACCUCCUACGAAGCCGGCGUGAAGGUGCAAAUCCACAGCCAGAGUGAGCCGCCUGCCAUCGACCAGCUGGGCUUCGGAGUAGCCCCCGGCUUCCAGACUUUCGUGGCCUGCCAGGAGCAGAGGCUCUUCCACCUGCCGGCCCCCUGGGGGGACUGCCAGGCUAACCCCGCAGAGUCGGCCUUCUUCCCCAACUACAGCACCGCCGCCUGCCGGAUCGACUGCGAGACACGCUACCUGGCGGAGAAUUGCAACUGCCGUAUGGUGCAUAUGCCAG